UUCAGCCUUGAUUCUGCAUAUCAGCAACCCAAUCCUCUUCAACACGGCACUCUCAGAUCUGUUUGUCCCAAACAGACCUGCGACCUUAACGCAUUGAGCUACCUAUACUAUCGAUACUGUUCUUAAAGCAUCGCAAACACCUCUUCUUUCUUCGCCGAUCACCCGCUUCCAACCCCGCACUGGGCUUGGAGACUGAUCAAGUGUGUGUGGCAAACUGCUAUCAGAUCCUUUCCUCCUGUAGCCUGUUCGUGGACAGUUCAUCUCGUUCUCGAUCCGAGCUACACGGUGCAAGUACAGUGAAAGGGAAUAAGCUCAGAGGUCACCCGCUUCGUUUCUCCGGUGUAAUCAAAGGUUAUAUUUCGGGCAGUUCAAGGGAACGGUGCAGCCUUAGAGCUAAUUACAACUAAACUCCCCGAUAUCCAUCUUUGAAAGGUGCCAAUGGUGGACGGAAACCUUUUCAUUCCGCUCUCUCCGCCAAGCUCGCCGCGUAUGUCUGUGUACAGCACGACACCUGCAGAGAACGACUGGCCAUCCUCGGACAUCAAGGCACUGGACGCCGCCUCUACACACUCUGAUAGCGAUAUGGCGCUGCUUCAGGCCGAAGUUAACGGGCAUAACUUCGAUUUGAAGCGCCCAUUGCUUCGCACACACAAGAGCUUCCCGUACUCUCUCGACACUAAGCACAGUCUAACCAACGGGUGUUCGUCUCCUACCCGGGUCGGUCUUAGUAACAUCGAUGAGCUCGACACGACUGAUAUGCCAACGGUCACCUUUGGUGGUUCAGCUCCUGCUAGCCCUGUAUCAAGGUUGACUCCACCAUCGCCCCAUGAUCCUCUCAAUGGCGACAGGAGCGAUCCGCAGGGUGAUGAGAUUAUCCUUGACGACAAGGACGACCUUUGCGAUGACUCGAUCAAGGAUGAAGACAAACCCCCCAUCUCUGCAGCCGAGCUCCGGGCUCAGAAGCGCAAGAUGAAGCGGUUCAGGCUUACCCACAAUCAGACCCGCUUUCUCAUGAGCGAGUUUGCUCGACAGGCACAUCCAGAUGCCGCUCACCGUGAGCGCUUAGCCCGAGAAAUUCCUGGCCUUAGCCCACGACAGGUUCAGGUCUGGUUCCAGAACAGGCGAGCCAAACUCAAGAGACUCACUAGCGACGACCGCGAGCGUAUGAUGAGGUCAAGGGCCUUGCCGGAGGAUUUCGAUAUGGCUCAGGCCCUGCACUCUCCUUUCGGAAGUGGCCAUGGGCUCGGAACUCCUUUGACUUCUCCCGGUUCUUUCACUCCAGGCUUUCCCGAAGGCAACAUGAUGCGCCCUCUGAGCAUCGACACCCUCCGACGCGGACCUAUGGACUCCCACAUCUCACCAACAGGCAUCAGCCCAGCUUUCGGAGGCUUCACCUUCACGCCACCACAAUCUGCCACCGACACACUAUCGCCAGUAUCCGCCCACGAGGGUUCGCCAUUCGGUUUCCCCUCUACACAGCUGGAAGGCAGUCCCAGAACGUCGAACCCGUUCUCCAUGUCGACCAGCGGCGCCCCAGCAUACGCGGCACAUCACAGCAUCCCUCGCCUCUCCCUUCAUGCUGAUCGAGUGGUCAGAAGCCGUGCAGAGUCUCUGUCUUCACCCCUCCGAGCAAGCAUGAGCUACACACACGGACAUGACUCUGGCUUGAGCUCAGCCGACUCCACUGGCCAUCUCGAGCGGCCAUCUCUAGGGGGUGAUCACAACCAACGGUCAUACUCAAGCUCUAUGAUGCCAUACGGCCUUGGAUACUCAUACUCUCCCGUGCCGGGGUUCCAAGCAUCCAGCAAUUCACGGAUGCGGUCGUUCUCUGGCAGCGUACCACGCCGCAUCGAGCUGAGCACCCACUACACUCCCAGCCGCAGCUCAACUACACCCCAGACAGCUACUUUCCCUACCUACACAAGUUCGCCUUUGGUCACUCCACAGAGCUUCGCCAUGCCGCAGCUCAGCGCACCGCACCACAUUACAUCCUUCCAGAACUCGUACCUACGGAACGAUUCAAGCCAGAACGAUCAGUAUCCGGGUGUAGGCGCCGUUCUGGGUGAGGUGAUUGAGAACUCCAAUCAAGACACCGACGACUCCAACGACCAAUUAUCACAUUCCUACUGAGGGAAUGCGUGGCUCACGUUAUUCAAAGGCGUUUUUGUGUGGGACUAGUUGGUUAUUUUGGGCGGGAUUAACUUUGAAAUUUGGCACAAAAGCGUAAAAGACGACAUUACGAAACACGGAUGGCUAGCUAUGGGAUGGAAAUGCGGCCAUGUU